UCAUCUAUCAUCUUCCAUCUUCCAUCUUCCAUCUUCCAUCUUCCAUUUCUAAGUCUCUCGCGAGUUAACCCACUAGUUUCACUAUCCUCUCUGCAAUCCAUGUCUCAAGAUAGCUCCCCCCGCCCUCUCAAGAUCUUCGCUGGUGCCGAUGCCUUUGGCUGCAACCUCAAAGAUGCCCUCGUUGCCCACCUCCGUUCCCUCGGCAUCGAAGUCGAAGACAUCGGCACCGGAAAAUACUACUCCAUCGGUGAAGAAGUCGGCCGUCGCGUCAGUAAUGCUGCAAACUCUGCCGGCACUCCCACCACUGAAAUCCGUGGCCUUGUCGCUUGUGGCACCGGCGUUGGUGUCUCCAUGUUCGCCAACAAAUAUCCUGGUGUUUACGCCUCCACCUGUUUAACUACCGAAGAAGCUCGCAACGCCCGAUCCAUCAGCAGCUGCAACGUUCUUGCCGUCUCUGGCAUGAACACCGCCCCUGAGACUGGCAUUGAAAUCCUCAAAGUUUGGCUCGAAACCCCCUUCAAAUCCCCGUGCCCUGCAUCAGGAAACAACCCAUGGCCCCAAGACAUAGAAACCUUCCUUGACGAAUCGAUUUCCGAGAUGUCGAAGAUCGGAACUAAGGAGCCAGAGAAGCAGGAUACAUGUGCGAUUUGUUGUUUGGCUAAGAACAGGGAGUUCAGUCCUGUGGAGAUCAUGCCUGGUGCGUCGAUGAAGAUUGUCAGAGAGAGCCCAACAUCGGCGAUUGUGAGAUUUAAGGCUGGGAGUGUUGAACCGGCGCAUCAUCAUACGUUCGGGCAUGAUUUGGUUGUGAUGAAAGGGAGUAAGAGGGUUUGGAAUCUGAGUGAGGGGGAGAAGUAUGAUUUGGGGGUUGGUGACUUCUUGUUUACCCCUGCAGGGGAUGUUCAUAGGGUGAAGUAUUUUGAAGAUUCAGAGUUUUUUAUCAGGUGGGAUGGUCAUUGGGAUAUUUUCUUGGAUGAGGAUCUUGAUGCAGCCAAAGCAGCAAUUGAGAAGGACUUAAAUGCGUUCCCUGUGUAACAUCCUCUCUAUAUGUUCAGGUGGGAGAAUCCCCAGUCUAUAGGACUGGGAGGAAGUUGAGCAAAAGAAGGGUUUGGUCAGGUAUUUGUGGGUCGUCAUCCAAGGGAUGGAAUGAGCGGUCAACAGGUUUUGGCCCUAUGAAGGUAUUUAAUCAAUAAAAUUCAACCACUAGGAGCUUGUUUUGGUGUUCCAUUAGGUAGUGCUAAAAUUUGAACAUAGAAGCAACAAAGGGUGUAAGUAUGGUCCUCCGUAUGAGUGGCAAGUUUACAGGUUAGUUUGUUGAGUUGGAUUUCACCAUUAUUAUUGGUGGUGUUGUUGAUGUUCAAUUAUAUCAGAAAUUAAUGCAUAUUUCUUGUUGAAAAACAAUCUUGGUGGCAGUCGUUGAGUGCCAAAAGUACACUACGAUCGGAGGCAAGGGAAUUAUUAUGUAAUGGUAACCAAUACACUCAGCAGUCUUAUAGAGUCAGCGACUCCUUCCCGCUCAAGUGGAUUAACAAGAAGUUGAAAGAAGGAUUCCAUGUAAUGCUGGCUUCAGUGAUCAGCUUGAGCCAAUUCAAGUUCUCCUAUUAGUCAUGUUCGAAAGUCUUUGUUAAUGGUAGUAUGUAAUAUUGUGUUCUGAAACAUGAAUAUAAAAACGUGCCUCAUUGAAGAUCUCUGUUUCCUAGAGUGAAGUAGUUCUGUGACUUCUCCAUAAAAGGAUGGUGAAGAGUUUUUUCUUGCCUUCCAUGGCUGCCAGCAACAAAGAAAGAGUUGGGUUAUCAUAACCAAAGAAACUACAUUGAUGGUAGGGCGUUCCAAGUAGAUGGGUUAUAAUGGGGUUCUGCAUUCAGUUUAUUUCAUUGCGUCUCUGUACUAUGGGAGAGACUGGAGAAGCCAGAGAGCUACCCAUCUAUUAUUCUCCGUUGGUGGUGACUGCCGGACAUGGUAGAGCUCGCUGGAGUAAUCAACAAGUGCUGGAGUUGAACAUCAUCUGGAGGGAUUAAAGGGCCUAAUGGAGGUAGGAGAUUACACUUUUUAAUUUUUCGUUGCGAUGAAAUUUUAGUUCGCAUGGCACUAAAAUGCAUUGCUAGGGUGCUUGUGGGAUUCCACAUCCUCUGCAGCAAACGUUGAGGUGUGGUGAACAUCGGAUGGCUAAGAGCAUUUGGGCAUCCGUCCCAAGGGGAUCCCAGCUGCUAUAUGCUCAUUGCACUGGUGCAGUGGCUGCAAGCGAUUUUCACAUGUUUGAUGGACUAAGGUAUACUGUAUCGGAAACCACUUCUACUAAAUGCACAGUGCUAACGUAUGCCACCCUACAUGUAACAUUUGUGCUUGGGUCAUCCACUAUGGUGCGCCUAAAUGAUGCGGUAAAAUGAGCCGUAAGGUGUGUUGACCCGACAUCUCGACCUGAUAUCAUAGUUUGAGGUCUUGGUGGGAUCUCGUUAAAAAUCUUGUUUUUCGGCUUUGGCGAGUUGAAACCUUAGGAGAUGCUGGAAAACGAGUUUUAAACAUCAUUUUGAUGAGAUUUUUCACAUUUCUUGUUAGAUAUCAACUCUCUCUCUAGAUCUUGCAUGUCUUGCUCUGUUGUGAAGAAAAACCCCUACAAUGUUGUGUUUUUGUGCUUCUUGUUAACUCUCACCUUAUCAACUUCAACAAUUGAUAAUAUCAACCUUUGAUCA